AUUGAAUUAUUUUUAACAUAGAUGAGUGAAUAUAGAUUGAGUCUUGAUAGCCUUCGGUUUAGGGUUUGGUAACAUAUGUUAUAGUAUUGUUAAAUUUUUAGGGUUAUAUUUUGAAAUCUUAUCUUUUUUUUAGUUUGACAUAUAUGUGUUUAAUGACUAUCUAAUUACUUGAUUAAAACACUUCAUAAGUUUCUUUUAACUUUAAGGAAGUGUUUUUGCUUAGUUAUUUGAUUAUAGGGUCUGAAAGACUCCAAUAAGACUUUGGUUUAGGGUUUAUUAAAAUAUGUUAUAGUAUUGUUUGUAUUUAGGGUUAAAUUUUAGAAUCUUAACUUUAAAAGAAAAAAAUUGACCUACAUGUGUUUAGUUUUGUGUAUGUUAAAUAUUUUAUAAGUUGAUUUUAAGUUUAAUGAAUUUUUUUUUGCUAUUUAGUUAGUUAUUUGAUUAGGUUAUAGUUUAGAAAACUUCUAGAAGACUUCCAAGAACUCUUUUGACAUAUUCCCGUCUAAAUUUUAGUAAAAUUUAGGUUUUCCGCCUAAAACAAAGUCUUAGGUUUCCCGCCUCAAGCAAAGUCUUCUAGAAGUCUUCUCAUGUGUUUUAUUUUAGGGUCUAGAAGUCUUCUGUAUCGAAAAUAUUUAACCAAAUUGAAUUUGUGUCUUUAUAUAUAAAGAAAAUUUAUACAUUUUCUUUAUUCCUCUCAAUUGGCUGCAACAAAAAUAUAAUGUUUCUCACUCUAUAACUCUCCAACCUCUUUCUAAUCUCUUUGAACAUCAAAACACCAAAUUUUAACUCAAUUUCUCUUAUUUUUCUUUUGUCUUCUCACUAAUAUAUCCCUUUUAUGUACGUUCUUUAUUACAUGGUUUUCAUUUUUCACUACUUCAAAGGUAGAUCUAUAAAUUUUGGAUAUGUAUUGUUGUGUGUUUUAUAUAUUAGAUUCUAAAAUGCUAUAGAUUCAACCUAAUGUGACUGUUUUUUUUAUUAUUAGAGCAUAAAAUUAUAUUUUUGAAGUUUUUCUCUAUUUCGAAGCCUUUUGAAUGUUUUUCGAAUUUGCAGGUUUUUCACAUGUGAGACAGACUUUGAAAGACUUCCCAGAAAACUCACUGAAGACUUCUUGAAAGACUUUAGGCAAGUCUUCUAAUGCAUUUUAUGAUAGAAGACUUCCCACAAAGUAUUCUAGAAGUCUUUAGAAGUCUUCUGCCCAAAGUGGUACAAAUUUUAGAUAUGUAUUUUGUGUGUUUUAUAUAUUAGAUUCUAAAAAGUUAUAGAUCCAACCUAAUUUUAUCGUUUUGUUUAUUAGUUAAGCAUAAAGAAUUUAUAUUUGAAGUUUUCUCUGUUUUGAAGUUAUUUGAAUGCUUUUGUAUAUGCAGAUCUUUUCAGAUCUGAGUUAGACUUUGGAAAACUUCUCAGAAGACUCUUGGAAAAAUUUCAGAAGACUCUUGAAAGAUUCUCGGAAGACUCUUGGAAGACUUUGCCAUAAUAUUUCCCAUGAAGUCUUUGGGAAGUCUUCCGAAGUCUUAUGCCCAAAGUGGUAACAAAGGAAUGAUGUCAAGUGAAGUCCAAGAUUAUCUAUGUGGAGGAACAAUAUCUAGCUCCAUGUGUAAUAGUUUUGUUUAUGGUCUGCUCUAUGAUUUGUAUGUGUACUAUUUUAGUUGUAAUUUUUUUUGUAAACUUGAAGAGAUGUUAAACAAAAAAAAUGUGGUAUAUAUGCUCAUGUUUUUUUCUAAAAGUACUUGACAUUAUUGAAGUUAUUGAUACAACAUUCAAAGAAAGUUUUUUAACAAUUCCACUCAUUCAUAACAAAACACAACAACACAAAAACUUUGUCAAAUUUACUAAAACUAAGAGAGAAGACUUCACAAGAAAACUUAGUCAAAUUCACAAAAGAUCAAACUUGAAUUUUAAGUGAAAAUUGAAAUUUUAAAUCUCAUGUAAGUUAAAAAUGAUAUCUUACGAUCUAAAAAGAUACAUUAAACCACAUGACUUGAUAUUCUUGAAGUUACUUAACACUUUUGAAAGUUAAAAACAUACCUUUAAGUUACUUAACACUCUUGAAAAUCUAAGUCUUCUAGAGAAGACUUCUUAAGAAGUCUUUUUGGAUUAGCUAAAAACAUUAGUAAACAUAAAUAUUUAAAAUCUCAUAAUUAUCACCAAAUAAGUUAUGAAUUUCAUCCAUGAGCCCAAAUAUUAACUAAUACACAUGAAUUAAUAAGAAAAUACUAAAAAUUCAUUUUAAUUGUAGAGAGAAUAAAAAUUUAUUAAACAUUAACGUAAAAUACUUCCGUAGAAGUCUUCAUAAAAAGAAAGAAAGAAAAUAUAAUGACAUUUUCGCAAAUAACUCGAAUUUUUAGAGUGAAUAAAGAAAAAAGGUUUUAAAAAGUAUAGAUUAUUUUGUGUUUGAUUUGAAAUUUUAGGUCAUAUAUAAAAAAACUCAUAAUUAACCGUGUAGAUCGUGUAUAUAAUCCAGUAAUUAAUAAAACAAUAAACAGUGUGGGUCGUGUAUAUAUAUGUGUGAAUAGAUACAUCACAUGUGGAUAGGUACAUCACAUAUGGAUAGGUACAACACAUGUGGAUAGGUACAUCACAUAGGAAAAUACGAUCACUCCUCUCUCUAAUAAAGCUCGGAUCAAAACGACUAAUCUCAGUUAACACGAUUAAUAUUAAUUGUACUUAUUGUUUUUAAUAUUAUUUUUUUAUGUCGAUAAAGCCCAGAUUAAAAAGACUAAUAUCAAAAUUCAUAUAAUUUUUUGUCAACUACAAGAUCUGUCCACACCAAAAUAUAUCGUAGAUUACCUAAGAUAAGAUAUAUGCUUAGAACAUGAUUAGUGGAAGUUCUUAUGGUGAAGUUUUUAGCUGAAUAUAAGAAAUUGUCAUUUAAUUUUUAACUAAAAAAAAGUUAAGAACCGGUUUUUAAAUAUCUAAGUCAAAUUCACAAUGAACUUUGAAUAGGAUUAUUUUACUUUUGUCAUGUUACAUGUAUAUUAGCUGCACGUUAGUAUCAUUGAUAUUCGCGGCCUAAAAUAAAAUAAUAUAACCUCAAAGAUUUCUUUUUUUUUUUCUUUUUUGAACUAAUUUUUAACCUCAAAGAUUUCACUCUUCAGAGCAAACCAAAAAAAGACUAUAAAUCAGACGUAUUACUCCCCGAGUAUUACAUCUUGCUUCAUACAAGAGUUUAUUUUUUCACAUUUUUCAGCAUAUAUACAUGACGUCGUCUAUGUUUAGAUCUCCUUGCAAAAUUCCGACAAUGAAAGCGUUUGAACAGAAGAGCUACUUGAGCCUGAACGCAGCAUCGUAUAACGUGAGAAUCAAUCCUUUCCGACGAACAGAAGUUUCUUGUCAACUGCAAGAGAUCGACUCCUCCAUGAAAUGGCCCGUAAUUGCUCACGAGGAGGUUCUGGUAAAGAGUAAACCAGCCGAGCCUGUGAUUCAUCAGCCUCUUCACCUAAGCAGACGUGCACGUCGUAACCGAAAGUCCCCUACUCAGAGAGCUGCCUUUCAAGAAACUAAUAUAUCUCCUGAUAAUUUCAUAUACCCGGUCUUCAUUCAUCAAGGUGAGGUAGACAUUCCGAUAAAAACGAUGCCCGGACGUUACAUGCUUGGCUGGAGACACGGCCUCAUUGAAGAAGUUGCAAAGGCAAGAGAUGUUGGUGUGAAUAGCAUAAUGUUGUAUCCAAAAGUUCCUGAUACGUUAAAGUCUCCAAUAGGAGAAGAGGCUUUCAACGACAAUGGUCUAGUGCAACGAGCAGUUGGUCUUCUUAAAGCUAGAUUCCCUGAUCUCGUUAUUUACACUGAUGUCAAUUUUGACGAGUACUCUUCUAGUGGCCAUGGUGGGAUCAUAGGAGAAGAUGGUGUGAUAUUGAACGAUGAAACGAUUCACCAACUGCGCAAACAAGCAGUUUCUCAGGCUCGAGCUGGAGCAGAUGUUGUUUGUACCAGUGAGAUGUUAGAUGGUCGUGUUGGUGCGGUUCGUGCAGCUCUGGAUGCUAAGGGUUUUCACCAUGUUUCCAUCAUGUCUUACUCUGUCAAGUAUACAAGUUCAUUGUAUGGCCGUUUUCGCAAAGUGCAAUUGGACAAGAAAACUUAUCAGAUAAACCCAGCAAAUUCAAGAGAGGCAUUGAUGGAAGCACGGGAAGAUGAAGCUGAAGGAGCAGAUAUCCUAAUGGUGAAGCCAGCGCUUCCUUCUCUCGAUAUCAUACGUUUAUUGAAGGAUCAAACUCUGUUACCCAUUGGAGCUUGCCAGGUUUCUGGUGAGUACUCAAUGAUAAAAGCCGCAGGACUUCUAAAAAUGAUCGAUGAGGAAAAGGUUAUGAUGGAGUCAUUGAUCUGCUUACGCCGAGCUGGUGCCGAUCUCAUUCUUACUUACUUCGCCCUUCAAGCUGCUACAAUACUAUGCCACGAAAAUAAAAGAAAUUAUUUCAACUAGUCGUCGAUUAUUUCCGUUCGUUUUGUGUUUAUUACAUAUAUAUAUACAUCCACAACCAGAAUUAAUUGUACAACUUGAAAAACUUUUUUAAGAAUAAAAAUGUACUUUUUACACA